AACGCCCCUACUUCUGGGAAUGAGGGAGGCAAAAUGGUGAGGAAAUAACCAGACCCUUUCCCUUCCUAUCCCUUUCUCAGUUCCUUGUGCCGGCACCCAUCGAUUCCCACGACUCUCGAAUCCUUAAUCAAAAUCCGAAGCAAGUAAUGCCGGAUCAACUAAUUAUUCACCUGGUCAUUUAAUUUGUUCCAUGGGGGAGCUGGCAGUUGAUAAGCAUGUUCAGUACAUUAUAUCUGUGGAAAAAAGGAAGGAUAGUUUUGAAUCUGUGGUAAUGGAGCACCUGAGAAUGAAUGGGGCAUAUUGGGGAUUAACUACUCUGGAUCUUCUAGGAAGGCUAAAUGCUGUUAAUGCCAAUGAGGUUUUAUCAUGGAUCAUGAAAUGUCAACAUGAAUCUAGUGGGUUUGCCGGUAAUGUUGGGCAUGACCCACACAUACUGUAUACUCUCAGUGCUGUCCAAGUUUUGGCUCUAUUUGACAAGCUAGAUGUUCUUGACAUUGAGAAGGUUGCAAAUUGUAUCCUCUGGCUUUCAGCAUUUCUUCAUGUUUGGCCAGAAAUUUCUUCUGUUUUGGCCUUAAGAAAUAGUUCUUUUGGGGAAGUUAUUCUAAUACCAAUUUCGCCAAAUGUGCAAAUUGCCCCCAAAAUUAUUACUUUGAAGCAAAUCACCACCCAAAAAAAAUAUUGACGCAAUUUGUCACCUCUAAUUUCCAUUUUCAAGAUAUUUGAAGUCUAAUGGAAAGUUAACGGUAACCAUUAAAUUUGAGCUGAUUUUUUGAAAAUGGAAAUUUAGGUGGCAAAUUGCGUCGACAUUUUUUUGGGUGUUCAUUUGCUUCAAUGCAACAAUUUUGGGCAGGAAUUUGCACCUUUUCAUUACCAAUUUCCAUCUCUUUCCUGAUGCUUUUCAUUCACUACUUAAUUCUAAAUCUUAGUUCCCUUCAUUAUUCUUCUAAGUUGUAAUAAAUGAGAGGUUCAGGUAUUGACAUGGUAAGAGACAGAGAUGCCUUCUUUUAGUAGAGCAAAAUACCUGUAUCUCUCCCUUUUUAGUAAGAGUUUGGUGUUGGCUACACAAUUGACCAUUUGACCAAUAGCUUUAGAUUAUGUUAAAAUGAGCCGUUUUCUUGUUUGGCUUAAUCUAUAAUCUAGAUAUUUCUCAGCUACAAAACGAAGAUGGGUCUUUUUCUGGUGACAUUUGGGGUGACAUGAAUACACGGCAUGUUCUUCCCCAAUCAUCUUUUAUUUCUUCAUAUUCUGGUAUUAAAGCUCUCUAUUAGCAAUUGAAUAUCGUUUUUGAUUUUUAGUUUCUCUUAUAUUGCCAUAUGUUGUCUUUCAAUAUUACACUGUCUGGAGAAAAUCAAUGUGGACAAAGCUGUCAACUACAUUCUAAGCUGCAAAAACCUGGAUGGUGGUUUUGGAUGCACGCCUGGUGGGGAGUCCCAUGCAGGGCAAAGUAGGUUCUA